UCUUUCUUGGUCUGUCGAUGCAUCUUUGUCGUCGUCGUUUUCUUUCUUCUCAGAAGAAGUUUCAGAGAUCGGAUUCUCCUUCUCUUCCCCCUGAGCUCUCUCAGCCUGCUUUUCCAUUUCCCUCUCUCGCUCACUCUCUCUCUCUCUCUUUCCUUUCAAGUUGUAGAAAAUAGAGAAAGAUGGGUGUGAAGCAAGUUCUAAGAGCCAUGGAUGCUUUUCCACGCGCGGAAGAGCAUUUGUUACAAAAGACUAAAUCUGGCGCCUUUGUUUCCAUUGUGGGGCUGGUUAUCAUGUCAACAUUAUUUCUGCAUGAACUGAGUUACUAUCUUAAUACAAUUACAGUUCACCAGAUGGCUGUUGACUUGAGACGUGGAGAGACUCUUCCCAUACACAUCAAUAUGACAUUCCCCUCUUUACCUUGUGAUGUUCUAAGUGUGGAUGCUAUUGAUAUGUCGGGGAAGCAUGAAGUAGACCUUGAUACAAACAUAUGGAAGCUUCGCUUGAACAGUGAUGGCCACAUUACUGGAACUGAGUAUCUGUCAGACCUUGAGGAGAAGGAACAUAAACAUGAUGAUCAUAAAGACCAUCACGAUGAUUCGGAUAAUAAAACCCAUAUGCAAGGAUUCGAUCAAGAUGCUGAAAAUUUGAUCAAAAAGGUCAAGCAAGCAUUGGCUCAUGGGGAAGGAUGCAGAGUCUAUGGUGUUUUGGAUGUCCAACGUGUUGCUGGAAAUUUCCAUAUAUCUGUUCAUGGGUUAAACAUUUUUGUUGCUCAAAUGAUUUUUGGAGGUACUACUCAUGUCAAUGUGAGCCAUAUCAUCCAUGACUUAUCAUUUGGGCCCAAAUAUCCUGGUGGUCACAACCCACUUGAUGGAACAGAACGAAUUCUGCGUGGAGCAAGUGGAACAUUCAAAUAUUAUAUUAAGAUUGUUCCCACUGAAUAUAGGUAUCUGUCAAAAGAAGUUUUGCCAACCAAUCAAUUCUCUGUAUCGGAAUACUUUUCUCCCAUCAAUGAGUUUGAUCGGACAUGGCCAGCUGUAUAUUUCUUAUAUGAUUUGUCACCAAUUACUGUGACCAUCAGAGAAGAACGUCGCAAUUUUCUGCACUUUAUCACUCGGCUAUGUGCAGUACUUGGUGGUACUUUUGCCUUGACAGGUUUCCAGGUUCUCCAGAUACAACAAGUUUCUUGCUCCAAUACACGCCUCUUAAAUCAUCCAUCUGCUUUUCUCAUCACUGGCUAAAAUCCAUCAUACGCCACUGAGUUGAUCUGAACACGUGCUUGAUUAUUCUUCUAGUAAUAGGAUCGGUUGAAGGCAAGAGGGCUCCUUCACGACAAGUUGCAUUUGCUCGGUCUGGAAUACCUGUGAUUAUCAUUGUUCAUGCCAUGUAAUAUUUCGCGCAUUAGUUAUCUAUGUUCUAGAGUCAACACUUCCUUUACUUGCUGAUUAUAACUGGCUUACUCAUGGUUAUGUUAGUUCCAGAAUAUACAAUUUCUGCAGCACGUAUAAAUGCCUACUGAACAGA